AUGUGGCAGGCGUUUUCAAGGUCAAUCGAAAUUCUGGUUGCCUUCUUCGAGUACUACUCUGCAAGAGCACAAUUAGAGACAACAGGCAGUCCUCAAGCGAAAUCUCCAGCAGGCAGCAGUCAAGGAGCGCUUCCUUCCGAAGCCAGGACUCCCACAGCUUCUGCAAACAAGGGGCACCAAAAUGUCAAGGGGGACCACCCAUCGGUAAGCCAGGAUAUGGCAUUCCUUCAAAAUCGCUCAAUAUCUCUGGUGGACAUGUACAUUGACAACUCUGAACCCUCAGAAAAUGUAGGACAAAUACACUUUUCGUUGGAAUACGAUUUUCAAAACACGACGCUCAUCCUUAGAAUUAUACAGGGUAAAGACCUACCGGCCAAGGAUCUGUCAGGCACUAGCGAUCCCUAUGUCAGGGUGACGUUGUUGCCUGAUAAGAAGCACCGUUUAGAAACGAAGAUCAAACGACGGACGCUGAAUCCUAGGUGGAACGAGACAUUCUAUUUCGAAGGAUUCCCCAUACAGAAGUUGCAGUCGAGAGUCCUGCAUCUGCACGUCUUCGAUUACGACAGGUUCUCCAGGGACGAUUCCAUCGGUGAAGUCUUUCUUCCUCUAUGUCAGGUUGAUUUGAGCGAGAAACCGUCGUUCUGGAAAGCUCUGAAACCUCCAGCGAAAGACAAAUGCGGCGAGCUGCUGACAUCGCUCUGUUACCACCCCAGUAACAGCAUCUUGACGUUGACUCUGCUCAAAGCUCGCAACCUUAAGGCCAAAGAUAUCAACGGCAAAUCAGAUCCGUACGUAAAAGUGUGGCUCCAAUUCGGCGAUAAGCGCAUAGAGAAACGAAAAACGGCGAUAUUCAAAUGUACUUUGAAUCCCGUUUUCAACGAUACGUUCUCUUUCAACGUGCCGUGGGAGAAAAUCCGAGAAUGUUCGCUGGACGUGAUGGUAAUGGAUUUCGAUAACAUUGGAAGAAACGAGCUUAUAGGAAGGAUUUUAUUAGCCGGUAAAAAUGGUUCUGGAGCAUCAGAGACGAAGCACUGGCAAGACAUGAUCACCAAGCCCAGGCAGACCAUAGUACAAUGGCAUAGACUUAAACCAGAAUAA